AUGAAAUAUUCAAUGUUGGUUUCUAUGAGAAUAACAAUUAGGUGUCUUAUGUGUGAUAGCAUUGCUGAAUAUUCUGAUGAACCUCUUAAUUCAGGUUUUAAUUUGUUAGCUGCAGGCUCAAGUUUGAAAAGAUUUUUCCAAAAUUUGACUACAGAAGCAGAGGAGAGUGCAAAAGACACACCAUGGAAU